CUCUCACCGGAGCAUCAUAUUGAACAAAGUCUUUUGGGCAUCAAAACAGCUGCAGAACAGGAUGGAUAAACGUAAUGCUUUGGUGAUGAUAGCUGGAUGCAUAGCGUUCAACAGUGGGAUGUGUCUGCUACGAUUCCCAGUAGGACCUGCAAACAUUGGGAAGACAGAUGGCGAUUGGGUGUUCAUCUAUGCGGACCUGAUAGCUCUAUGCAUCUCCAUGAAUGUGCUUGUUGUUGAAAUGAGUGUGGGAGCCACAAUCUGGAAAAAGAUGGAGGAGCUUGCAAGGAAAGCCAUUCUUAUUGCAAUCAUUGCUAUGGCGAUUGCUUUUCAUCAAAUUUUUGUUAUGGAUGACUUCUGCUCGAGGUUUAUGAGUAAUGGGUCGUUCAUUUUGUUCAUGGUUCUCGCUUCUGGAUUAAUCUUCAUUCAGUUGAUGUCUGCAGGCUAUGUAACCAAGUAGAGAUGCGACCAAAUUAGUAUUAUAUUGAAUGAUGUCGUCUUUUCUUUUAUAUUAUCUAUUGAAUAUUAUUAGUUUGGAUAUGUGACCAAAUUAGUAUUAUAUUCUGUUUAAGUUUUAGGGCAAUGUUAUGGAAUCAACAAGUGAACUUUUUAUUUUCUUCCAUUUUAGUCAACCAAUUACCAAGAAGACCUAGUUUACCAAAAUUAUGGAUAGCUAUGUUUAUGUUCGCUACAAGUUACCAUCAAGAGUUGAAUAUUAUAUAUUAUCCGUUGUGUUGAA